CGUUCCUCUUCAUGAAAAGGGUCAAAUACCAUUGCCACAGAUGCCAAUUCAACUGCAAUUUCAUUGACUUACAAGUUGCAAAUGGGAAGUAAUUGAAAAACAAAAGAAUCAUGGUGAAAGCUAUAAAGACAAAAGUAGAGAGCAUUUGGCAUUCAAUUUCAACUAAGCUUAACACAGGCACGAGCCCAUCACAUGGUCUCAUGCGCAUGUCUUCUCUUCCAUUGUCUUGUCCUUGUUUCGUUUCCCUCUCUUUACAUCUCUAGGCCAAAAAUUAAACCGAAAAAACCCUUCUCCCUGGUUAAUAUCUUUACUCUUUCUAUUGUUUUCUUCACUAUUCAUGCAAACACAACAAAACCCAGAUCCCGACAGCAACUCCAACAGAUGUUUCCUUUUUAUUCUUUGUUACUUUGUUUAUUUUCAGCUUAGAACUUUUAUGGAGUGAAAAAAGAAAGAGUGUGGAGUGAUUAUAUAUAAUUUUUUUUGAAUUGUUGUUUUUGAUCGAAUCUGAGUAAUGGGUAGUUCUGGAAUCUCGAUUUGGUGGUGAAUUGUGGAGGGUAUUUGGUUGAAAGAUGCGGCGGCGGGCUGCCGAUUACCGGCGCCCGGUUCGUAGAAGGUUUUCGCAUUGGAUCUGUGCGCUGCUUGGGCUGUUUGUUGUUGCUGUAUUGGUUUUAUUUGUAGUUCAUCAUUAUCAUCAUGAAGAUCGGGUUGAGCAUCCUGUUCAUGAGGAAGAUUCAAGAAUGGAACAGGUUGUUCAGGAGAAUUUAAACUUCACUGAAGAAAUAUUGAGUGCUACCUCAUACUCUAGGCAGUUGGCAGAACAAAUGACACUUGCGAAAGCUUAUGUCGUAAUUGCAAAAGAGCACAAUAACCUUCACCUUACCUGGGAGCUAAGCUCAAAGAUUCGAAGUUGCCAGCUUUUGCUUUCAAAAGCUGCCAUGAGAGGGCAGCCCAUUACAAUGGAGGAAGCAGAACCAAUAAUUAGCAGUCUAUUAUCUCUAAUUUAUAAGGCGCAAGAUGCUCAUUAUGACAUUGCAACUACAAUAGUGAUGAUGAAAUCUCAUAUUCAAGCCCUUGAAGAGCGAGCUAAUGCAGCAACUGUUCAGAGUACAGUGUUUGGACAAUUGGUGGCAGAAGCAUUUCCUAAGAGUCUUCACUGCCUAAUUGUCAAGCUUUCAGCUGAUUGGUUUAAAAAGCUGCCCCUUCAAGACCUUGCAAACGACCGUAGAAACUCUCCUCGGCUUGUGGACAACAAUCUCUAUCAUUUCUGUAUAUUUUCAGACAAUGUCCUUGCUACCUCAGUAGUAGUUAAUUCUACAGUUUCCAAUGCUGAUCAUUCUAAACAGAUAGUUUUCCACAUUAUCACUAAUGGGAUUAGCUAUGGAGCCAUGCAGGCUUGGUUCCUUAGCAAUGAAUUUAAGGGGUCCACUAUAGAGGUGCGGAACAUAGAGGAGUUAUCUUGGUUGAAUGUUUCUUAUUCUCCCAUUAUAAAGCAGCUACUAGAUGUAGAUUCACGGGCCUACUAUUUUGGGGAAAAUCAAGAUUUGAAAGUUGAACCAAAAUUGCGGAACCCUAAAUAUAUUUCCUUGUUGAAUCACCUUCGGUUUUACAUGCCAGAGAUUUAUCCACAGCUUGAGAAGAUAGUAUUCCUUGAUGAUGAUGUUGUUGUGCAGAAAGAUCUAACCCCUCUUUUCUCAUUGGAUUUGCAUGGAAACGUCAAUGGGGCAGUAGAAACUUGUCUUGAAGCACAUCAUCGAUAUUACAAGUAUCUGAAUUUCUCAAAUCCAAUCAUCAGCUCAAAAUUUGAUCCACUAGCAUGUGGUUGGGCAUUUGGCAUGAAUGUUUUUGACCUGAUUGCCUGGAGGAAAGCAAAUGUCACUGCAAGAUAUCAUUACUGGCAGGAGCAAAAUGCUGAUAGGACACUCUGGAAAUUAGGAACUCUUCCUGCCGGUCUUUUAGCUUUUUAUGGGCUCACAGAACCACUGGAUCGGAGAUGGCAUGUGUUAGGAUUAGGUUAUGAUCUCAACAUCGACAACCGCCUGAUUGAGAGUGCUGCAGUUGUUCACUUUAAUGGGAACUUGAAGCCUUGGCUAAAAUUGGCCAUUGGAAGGUAUAAGCCUCUAUGGGAAAGGUAUAUAAAUCUAAGCCACCCAUAUCUCCAGGAUUGUGUCACAAGUUGAAAUGCAAAAUUUUUUUAUUGCUAGUUAUUUAUGCAAUCUCCAACAACAUAAACCCGUGAAGGCUGAUCGUAUAUUUGCAGAGUCGUAAGUGAAAAUUUUGACUUUGUUAAGAGAUUUUAUAUUUCUUUUCUUUAUUAACUUUUAGUUUUUCCUUUUGAUCUUAGUUUCUUGAAAGGAAAAAGAAUGAUUUUUAUACAAGAGAAAGUUUGAAAGGUGAAGAGAAGUGGGCAUUCAUUUUUGGCUGAUGGGGUUUUCUUUUUCCCCUCGAGCACACUGUAGGAAUUAUUUGUUCUUUACCAAUUAUUGUAAUAACCUCUCUGCUCUUUUGGAUUAUAUAUUGUAGCUGAAUCCCUGUAUUUCUCACCCUUGUUUUUGUUAUUUCAAAUGUGAAUCAGUUUACAAGGUCCAUUUUUUGAGAUGGGUUGUUGAAUGCAUUCCAUAAAAUUUGGGUUUCUUGAGGCAAAAUGCCAUAGAAAAGAAAAGAGUUCAUCAACAUUUGAUUCAAUAAUAAGGGGGUUUUUUUUUUAAUUCUUAAUUUACUCUUAAACUUUUAUAUCUAAUUGAAAAGAAUAUUACGCCUCUAAGUAUUCGCAGUUAAAUUCUUUCGAACCUACAAACCAGAUAGUCGUUAAUAAGAGCAUGUUUUUAUUUGCAAGCUUGGGUUCCCUUUUUUCUUUAAUACUUCGCAGUUCAAAAUUUUGAUUC